GCCGCUUACUUCCGUUUGUUGACACGAUCACGAAACUAGAAAGUGGAAAAAUGACAACAUCAAGUGUUAGGCCUAAUUAUUAUAUCGUUUUUUAAAACUGUAACAAUGGCAACCAGGAGCUUAACAGAAGUUUUUAUUUUGAUGCGUAACAAUGCGCUUCAAAGUAGAAACAUGUUUUCUGAACAGCUUGCUGAUGACAGAAUGGCAUUAAUAUCCAGUUGCCAUGUUGAUCCCGAGCUGGGAAUAGCCAGUACCAAGUCCUCAAGACUGCCUCCUGAAUGGGUGGAUGGCGUAGAAGAGGUCCAGUUUGAGAUGUCCAGAAUCAAACAAAGAAUGAAGGAACUUGCAACCCUGCAUGACAAACAUUUGAAUCGUCCAACACUUGACGACAGUGUACAGGAGGAACACACUAUACAAAUUAUGACCCAAGAAGUCACACAGAUGUUCACCAGAUGUCAAAGACUGGUUCAGCAGAUCAGUAGCCGCAGUGUUCAUGGAACUGAACAGGAGAAGCGGUUGUCCACCAAUAUUUUAUCAUCCCUAGUCAGAUCUCUGCAGGAAAUGUCAACCAACUUCAGGAAAAGCCAGUCAGUCUACUUAAAAAAGAUAAAAUCUAGGGAGGAAAGAUCUCGGGAGUUUUUCGACUCCAGUAUUGGCCCAGAUUCAGCAUUAAUGCAAGAAUCUGACCCUUUCACAGAGCACUACGACAAGGAUUUGGAUACAGUGGGUUUUACCAAGGCCCAAAUGCAGAUUGUUGAAGACAACACCACAUCAGUUCGACAGAGAGAAAAGGAGAUCACACAGAUAGUAAAAUCAAUCCAGGAUUUGAAUGAGAUAUUCCGUGACCUGUCACAGAUGGUUGUGGACCAGGGGACAAUUCUGGACCGCAUCGACUACAAUGUAGAACAUGCCAGCGUCCAGGUGGAGAAGGGGCUUCAGCAGUUACAGAAGGCUGAGAAAUACCAGAAGAAAAACCGCAAAAUGUUAAUCAUCAUCAUACUUACCUGUCUGAUUAUUAUUUUAAUUAUUGUGUUAAUUGGUGUCAAGAGCUAGUAUUGGAUUUCACUCAUAGUGGGCAUAGUAGACUACCUGGGUACAUUUGUAUGUGAUAGAAUUCUUGUUAAAUGGGAUGAAAUGGAUUUAGUUACAUCAGACAACAUGAACAAAUACAUUAUGAUCAUAAAAGGAUUUUAAGUAUCGUAAUUAAUGGUACUGUAAGGAUCUUUUUCUAAUGACCUUGUCAUAUUUCUCAUAAAAGUGUAUGUUAGUAUGUAUUCUUGCAUUCAAAUACCAAAAACAUUGGAUGUAAGUGCUAUAUGUUUAAUUCAUGUAUUUCGAACAUGUCGCUAUCUAAUCUAAUUUCUACUUAUUAUGCCCCUGCCACAAAAUGAACCCCAGACAUGUGGCACUGCCUCUUUCUGUCCAUCCAUCAAUCUGUCAUUCUAUAUUUGUAUUUUUCCAGACUUUUAUUUUCCUUUUUGUACAGAUAUUGAGCUGAUUUUUAUUCAUUCUUAAUUUUUUUUUAUUUUUUUUUUUAAAGUUUAUUGAAGGUUACAGGUUAAGAUUUCAUUACAAUUUUCAUUUCAAUGGACCUGAAUUCAUUUUUAUUUCAACUGAUCUAUUUUCAGCAGAGUUAUGACCCAUGACUUGAUGGAAUUAAGACAAAAUAGUUCGAUUUAGUUUCAGAUAAAAUUUCACUUCUGUUCUGAUACAGUGAUUUAUCAUCUGUACAUCUUUUUAGCUCACCUGAGUCGAAGGCUCAAGUGAGCUUUUCUGAUCAAAAUUUGUCUGUCGUUGUUGUUGUAGUAAACUUUUCACAUUUUCAUCUUCUUCUCCAGAACCACUUGGUCAAUUUCAACCAAACUUGACACAAAGCAUCCUUGGGUGAAGGGCUUUCAAGUUUGUUCAAAUGAAGGGCCAUGCCCCCUUCAAAGGGGAGAUAAUCUCAAAAAUGCAAAAUUAGGGUAGGGUCAUUUAAAAAUCUUCUUAACAACCACUGGGCCAGAGGAUCUGACAUAGUGCAGAUUCAAAUUUGUUCAAAUCAUGGCCCCUGGGGGUAGGAUGGGGCCACAAUAGGGGAUCGAAGUUUUCCAUAAAAAUAUAUAGAGAAAAUCUUUAAAAAUCUUCUUCUCAAGUACCAAUGAGCCAAAAAAGCUGAGAUUUACAUGAAAGCUUCCUGACAUAGUACAGAUUCAAGUUUGUUCAAAUCAUGGCCUCCGGGGGUAGGUUGGGGCCACAAUAUGGGAUCAAAGUUUUACAUAGAAAUAUUUAGGAAAAAUCUUUUAAAAUCUUCUCAACAAGAACCACUGAGUCAGAAGAGCCAAGAUUUUCAUGAAAGCUUCCUGACAUAGUGCAGAUUCAAGUUUGUUAAAAUCAUAACCCCUGGGGUAGGUUGGGGCCACAAUAGGGACUAAGGUUUUACAUGCAAAUAUAUAUGGAAAGUCUUCAGAUGUGGGGCAAGGUGACUCAGGUGAGCGAUGUGGCCCAUGGGCCUCUUGUUACUAAACUAGCCUAAAGGACAGAGGCAUUUGUGUUGUAUUAACACCUAUCAUACAUAAACAUAAUAUUGCCCAUCUAGAAUGUGUGUGUGUUUUACUCUAUAUGUAUAAUGUUGCUAUGUAGUGAUUGAAGUAGUUCCCCUACAGUUUUAAUAGUAACAUUCACAAGUAAACACAUUCACAAGAAACACAUACACACAUUCACAAGUAAACACAUACACACAUUCACAAGAAACACAUACACACAUUCACAAGAAACACAUACACACAUUCACAAGUAAACACUUACACACAUUCACAAGUAAACACAUACACACAUUCACAAGUGAACACAUACACACAUUCACAAGUGAACACAUACACACAUUCACAAGUAAACACUUACACACAUUCACAAGAAACACAUACACACAUUCACAAGAAACACAUACACACAUUCACAAGUAAACACAUUCACAAGUAAACACAUUCACAAGAAACACAUACACACAUUCACAAGUAAACACAUACACACAUUCACAAGUAACACAUUUACACACAUUCACAAGUAAACACAUUUACACAUUCACAAGUAAACACAUACACACAUUCACAAGUAACACAUUUACACACAUUCACAAGUGAACACAUACACACAUUCACAAGUAAACACAUACACACAUUCACAAGUAAACACUUACACACAUUCACAAGUAAACACAUACACACAUUCACAAGAAACACAUACACACAUUCACAAGUAAACAUAUACACACAUUCACAAGUGAACACAUACACACAUUCACAAGUAAACAUAUACACACAUUCACAAGUAAACACAUACACACAUUCACAAGUAAACACUUACACACAUUCACAAGUAAACACAUACACACAUUCACAAGAAACACUUAUACACAUUCACAAGUGAACACAUACACACAUUCACAAGUGAACACAUACACACAUUCACAAGUAAACACAUACACACAUUCACAAGUAAACACAUACACACAUUCACAAGAAACACAUACACACAUUCACAAGUAACACAUACACACAUUCACAAGUAAACACAUUCACAAGAAACACAUACACACAUUCACAAGUAAACACAUACACACAUUCACAAGUAAACACAUACACACAUUCACAAGUAAACACAUACACACAUUCACAAGUAAACACAUACACACAUUCACAAGUGAACACAUACACACAUUCACAAGUAAACACAUACACACAUUCACAAGUGAACACAUACACACAUUCACAAGUAAACACAUACACACAUUCACAAGUAAACACAUACACAAGAAACACAUACACACAUUCACAAGUAAACACAUACAUACAUUCACAAGAAACACUUAUACACAUUCACAAGUGAACACAUACACACAUUCACAAGUGAACACAUACACACAUUCACAAGUAAACACAUACACACAUUCACAAGUAAACACAUACACACAUUCACAAGUAAACACAUACACACAUUCACAAGUAACACAUACACACAUUCACAAGUAAACACAUUCACAAGAAACACAUACACACAUUCACAAGUAAACACAUACACACAUUCACAAGUAAACACAUACACACAUUCACAAGAAACACAUACACACAUUCACAAGUAAACACAUACACAAGAAACACAUACACACAUUCACAAGAAACACAUACACACAUUCACAAGUAAACACAUACAUACAUUCACAAGAAACACUUAUACACAUUCACAAGUGAACACAUACACACAUUCACAAGUGAACACAUACACACAUUCACAAGUAAACACAUACACACAUUCACAAGUAAACACAUACACACAUUCACAAGUAAACACAUACACACAUUCACAAGUAACACAUACACACAUUCACAAGUAAACACAUUCACAAGAAACACAUACACACAUUCACAAGUAAACACAUACACACAUUCACAAGUAAACACAUACACACAUUCACAAGAAACACAUACACACAUUCACAAGUAAACACAUACACAAGAAACACAUACACACAUUCACAAGAAACACAUACACACAUUCACAAGUAAACACAUACACACAUUCACAAGAAACACAUACACACAUUCACAAGUAAACACAUACAUACAUUCACAAGUGAACACAUACACAGUCAUAAACUUCUUCAUGAUUUAAUGCGAUAUUUAUGAUGUGAGAUUGUGUAUAAGAUGUAUGUCUGCUUCCACUUCAAUGUUUGGAUAAUACUGAGAUUUAAUGUUGUAUAUAUUGUAUCAUGGGACUAUCAGAUUGCCACUGCUCUGCUGGGCAAUGGGUACUUACAUGUAAGGUAGAGAAUUGACAAUUUCUUUUUUCAUUGGAAUAGUUGUGAAUAGACAGUUAAAUGUAUUUCCAUAAGAAAAUCUGUGUAUUUGGGUUAAUAUUAAUAUUAUACUUGUAUGUUAAAACAACAGUGACAGGUAACCAUGGUAACUAACACAGAACCAUUUUUGCAUCGUUCAUACCUCUUUACAUAAUUGAGCAUGGUGUCGACUUCAGUCUGUAUGGACGUUACACAUGUUGUUAGAGUUCUAGUCAGCAGCAGGAGACACGCCCACCAUUCCUCCAGUAGUUGUAGAUGUGAAACAUUCCAAACAUUUUUUAAGGUUGCGCAAUGACAUUCACAUUAUUUUAUAUGUGCAAUAGGAAUGUUUGUUCUUGUUUGUGAUGACUGGUAACUGCUUUGUUUUACUGAACGGUUAAGUACAUGUAAAUGCUGCACAAUUUUAAAGAGAGAGAGAGAGCGACAGAUUUGUGUAACGUAAGAGGUUAUUAUGUAUAGUACAUGUGUAUGUUUCACUAUACAGUGUUUUAGAUCUGUGAUAUGACAAUAAAUAGUAAAUACAGCUUUUUUGUACAUGUAUAAUCACAUCAAAUAAAACAAACACCUAUUUUUCUACAAA